GCUGCGUCAGUAGUGUGCGUCUUUUGUACGAAGUGCCUGGUUUCCUGGCGGCUAGAGCUGUGGUGUGAUACAGACACGAGGAAAGAAAAUGAGCAAAGCGCAUCCGCCCGAGCUGAAGAAGUUCAUGGACAAGAAGCUGUCAUUGAAACUGAAUGGCGGCAGAAAUGUCACAGGGAUCCUGAGAGGGUUUGACCCAUUCAUGAACCUGGUUAUGGAUGAGUGCACAGAGGGGUCUGGAGCCGGGCACCAAAACAACAUUGGCAUGGUGGUUAUUCGAGGGAACAGCAUCAUCAUGUUGGAAGCUUUGGAACGAGUAUAGUAGGGUGGAUACAGAUGGACGAAGACUUGGAAGACCCCAGCCCUGCCUAAUCCAUGACCAGAAUCCUGAACGUGUGGAGGACUCUUUUCAUCUAUUUGUGACUUUUGAUCUAUUUUUUUUUUGUAUUAAAACUUUUCUGUUAGGAGA